UGGGUCCAAAAUGUCCCUGGUGUCCAGCAAGACUCACGAGGAACUGCCCUUUCUGACUUUUUCUCCUCGCCCGGGUUCUUUAGUGCUCCCGGCACUCUGUCACAUGGGAGUUGUAGUCUGCCUUCUACAGUCGACUACGGGCCAGAGACGAGAGAAGACUACUAUUCCCAGCAGGCAUUGCGUCUCGCCGGUCAACAAACGCUUGAGCCACGCCUUCUAAGCCUGCUCAUUGGCGAGCCCAUCCCUUCUUCUAUUUCAUUGGUUACUGUCCUUCAAGUCUGGGUUCCGGCCUAGGGUGCUUAGUGACUGGGUACUGUAGUUGUCAUUCUGCACACCGUCGAUUAUCAAUUGGUCAAAGCUGGUGUUCAUCACUUGUUGUAUGGCAGGGCCCAAGGCAGAUCAGGCGGUCGUAGGCUCAGGUUAGUGUCGGUCCCGGAGGGAGGCCGGCCUUGGAUUUUGGCCCCACCCCUUAGCGCUGCCGGAAGAGCGCAAUUGGUUUCUGCGAGUGUCGCUCAUCAUCGAGAGGCGGAGCUGACUAGACUGCGAGUAUCUAUUGGUGUAGAUCGGCGCCGGUCAGCGGGGUUGUGGCCACUGAUUGGCUGGUUGUUCCAGCUGUUGCAGGUCCAUUCACCAUUUUGUGUGUUGGAGUAAAAAAAAAAGGGAGAAUCGAGAGGGAGAGCCGGAGGGGGGGCGGGGAGGGACCGGACCGGACCGAGCCGGGGCCACGGCCCCCCGCCCCGAAACCCCGCUGAGCCCGAGGUGCACAGAAGAUGAAGCCAAUGAAGAAGGCAUGCACUAGUCUUUCAGGUCCUAGUAGUGGCAGCAAGUCCCCACCAGCCACCAGGGCUAAGGCCCUAAGGCGGCGAGGGACUGGGGAGAGUGACAAGCCAGAGGAGGAAGAGGAGGAGACCCAGCCACAGAAGCAGCCUGGGCCAGAAGAGGCUGAAGAGGGUGAGGAGGAGGAGGCAGAGCGGACUUCUGGGGCUGAGGGGCCACCCCCAGAACUACACCCCAGCGACUCAGCCUCAGGCCCAGCCGAGGACCCCAAAGGAGACGGGGAGGCAGGCCGCUGGGAGCCCUCACUCAGCCGCAAGACAGCCACGUUCAAGUCUCGAGCCCCUAAGAAGAAGUAUGUGGAGGAGCACAGUGCUGGAGGCAGUGGGGUGACGGGGGCUCCUGAAGAGCAGCAAGAGCGGACCCCUGAGGAGGCUAGUGUCCUGGGGGUGCCCCCCCAGCCACCUGCCUCCACCCGCUCGUCUUCCACUGACACAGCCAGUGAGCACUCAGCCGACCUGGAGGAGGAGCCUGCUGAGGCCUGUGGUCCAGGGCCUUGGCCUCCUGGGGGGCCCAGUAGCGGCUAUGACCUCCGGCAGCUGCGGUCCCAGCGGGUGCUGGCGCGGCGGGGUGACGGCCUCUUCCUGCCUGCAGUGGUGCGCCAGGUGCGCCGAAGCCAGGACCUAGGAGUGCAGUUCCCUGGUGACCGAGCCUUGACUUUUUAUGAGGGGCUGCCAGGCAGUGGUGUGGAUGUGAUUUUGGAUGCCACGCCGCCACCGGGUGCGCUGGUGGUGGGCACAGCUGUCUGUACCUGUGUGGAGCCUGGGGUGGCCGCCUACCGUGAGGGUGUGGUGGUGGAAGUGGCCACGAAGCCAGCGGCCUACAAGGUCCGCCUCAGCCCGGGCCCUGGCUCCCAGGCAGGCCCAGCCAGCACCCUGCCACAGCCCCAACAGCCUCUCCACAACCGCGAGCACGAAGAAGCCGUGUGGGUGGCCCGCUCCAGCCUGCGCCUGCUGCGGCCCCCCUGGGAACCCGAGGUCCUGCUGAGGAAGCCCCCUGUAGGGCCUGAGGAAGAGCAGGCUGAGCCAGGAACCACUCUGCCCCCCUGUCCAGCUCCCUUGGACUCCAAGCAGCCUGAGGAUGCUGAGGUCUCCAAGAUUAGCUUCGGUAGCACUCUGGGCAUCCACUGUGAGGAGGGAGAAGAGAAGCACCCACCAGCCCUGGGUACUCCAGCCCUGCUCCCACUGCCCCCACCCCAGCUCCUGUCACCGCCCCCCAAGUCCCCAGCCUUUGCUGGCCCUGGUCGCCCUGGGGAGCAGCCCUCGCCCUGCCAGGAGGGGAGCCAGGGCGGCAGCCGGAGCAGCAGUGUGGCCUCAUUAGAGAAGGGGGCUGCCCCGGCAGCUCGAGCCCGCACCCCACUGACGGCUGCCCAACAGAAAUACAAGAAGGGUGAUGUGGUCUGCACACCCAAUGGCAUCCGCAAGAAGUUCAAUGGCAAGCAGUGGCGACGGCUCUGCUCUCGCGAUGGCUGCAUGAAGGAGUCACAGCGGCGUGGCUAUUGCUCCCGCCACCUGUCCAUGCGAACCAAGGAGAUGGAGGGCCUGGCAGACGGGCCUGGUGGGGCCGGGCGACCCGCUGGUGUGGCAGCCCGAGAGGGCAGCACCGAGUUUGACUGGGGGGACGAGACAUCGAGGGACAGUGAGGCCAGCAGUGUGGCCGCCCGGGGGGACUCGCGCCCACGCCUGGUGGCCCCCGCAGAUCUGUCCCGCUUUGAGUUUGAUGAGUGUGAGGCAGCCGUGAUGCUCGUGUCGCUGGGCAGCUCCCGCUCGGGCACACCGUCCUUCUCCCCGGUCUCUACACAGUCGCCCUUCUCGCCAGCCCCCUCGCCCUCACCCUCACCCCUCUUUGGCUUCCGCCCAGCCAACUUCAGCCCUAUCAACGCUUCGCCUGUCAUCCAGCGCACAGCCGUUCGCAGUCGCCACCUGAGUGCCAGCACCCCAAAGGCUGGUGUGCUGACGCCUCCUGACCUGGGUCCCCACCCACCACCACCUGCCCCCCGAGAACGUCAUUCCUCCGGCAUCCUUCCCACUUUCCAGACCAACCUAACUUUUACCGUGCCCAUCAGCCCUGGGCGGCGCAAGACUGAGCUGCUGCCCCACCCAGGGACGUUGGGGGCCCCUGGAGCAGGAGGUGGGGGUGCUGCCCCAGAUUUCCCUAAGAGUGACAGCUUAGACUCCGGUGUGGACUCAGUAUCCCACACGCCUACCCCUUCCACACCGGCCGGCUUCCGGGCCGUGUCACCUGCCGUGCCCUUCUCACGCUCCCGCCAGCCUUCGCCAUUGCUGCUGCUGCCCCCACCUGCUGGCCUGACCUCGGAUCCAGGGCCCUCCGUGCGCAGGGUGCCUGCAGUGCAGCGGGACUCCCCCGUCAUCGUUCGCAACCCUGACGUACCACUGCCCUCCAAGUUCUCUGGAGAGGUGGGCACCACUGGUGAGGUCCGGGCUGGGGGGCCUGGGCGGGGCUGCCGUGAGACCCCAGUGCCCCCUGGCGUGGCCAGUGGAAAGCCUGGCCUGCCCCCACCUCUGCCGGCCCCUGUGCCCAUCACUGUGCCUCCAGCCGCACCCACUGCUGUGGCCCAGCCGAUGCCCACCUUUGGCCUGGCUUCAUCACCCUUCCAGCCCGUGGCCUUUCAUCCCUCACCUGCUGCCCUGUUGCCCGUCCUCGUGCCAAGCAGCUAUACCAGUCAUCCUGCCCCCAAGAAGGAAGUCAUCAUGGGCCGGCCUGGAACAGUGUGGACAAAUGUGGAACCUCGCUCCGUGGCUGUGUUCCCUUGGCACUCCUUAGUCCCUUUCCUGGCACCCAGCCAGCCGGACCCCUCAGUGCAGCCCAGUGAGGCUCAACAACCUGCCAGCCACCCAGUGGCCUCCAACCAGAGCAAAGAACCUGCUGAGUCGGCAGCUGUUGCUCAUGAGCAGCCGCCAGGAGGCACAGGAAAUGCUGACCCUGGGCGGCCCCCUGGGGCCACAUGCCCUGAGAGCCCAGGGCCUGGACCCCCACACACUUUGGGGAUGGUGGAACCUGGUAAAGGCCCCCUUCCUACCACUGAGGAGGAGACCCCUGGUCCCCCAGGAGAGCCCCGACUGGACAGUGAAACAGAGAGCGACCAUGAUGAUGCCUUCCUGUCCAUCAUGUCUCCUGAGAUCCAGCUGCCUCUGCCACCUGGAAAACGGCGGACCCAGUCCUUGAGUGCCCUGCCUAAGGAACGAGACUCAUCUUCAGAGAAAGACGGGCGCAGCCCCAACAAGCGGGAGAAGGACCAUAUCCGCCGGCCCAUGAAUGCCUUCAUGAUCUUCAGCAAGCGGCACCGGGCCCUGGUCCACCAGCGGCACCCAAACCAGGAUAACCGGACUGUUAGCAAGAUCCUGGGCGAGUGGUGGUAUGCCCUUGGGCCCAAGGAGAAACAGAAGUACCACGAUCUAGCCUUCCAGGUGAAGGAGGCCCACUUCAAGGCCCACCCAGAUUGGAAGUGGUGCAACAAGGACCGAAAGAAGUCCAGCUCAGAGGCCAAGCCCGCGAGCCUGGGGCUGGCAGGAGGGCACAAGGAGACGCGGGAGCGGAGCAUGUCGGAGACGGGCACUGCGGCCGCCCCUGGGGUGUCCUCUGAGCUCCUGUCAGUUGCAGCCCAGACGCUCUUGAGCUCAGACACCAAGGCUGCAGGGAGUGGCCCGUGUGGAGCUGAGCGGCUGCAUGCUGUCGGGGGACCUGGCUCAGCCCGGCCGCGGGCCUUUUCCCACAGCGGUGUGCACAGCCUGGAUGGCGGGGAGGUAGACAGCCAGGCACUGCAAGAACUCACUCAGAUGGUAUCCGGCCCCACAUCGUACUCUGGCCCAAAGCCUUCCACCCAGUAUGGAGCUCCAGGCCCCUUCGCAGCCCCUGGUGAAGCGGGCACACUGGCGGCCACUGGGCGGCCCCCACUGCUACCCACCCGAGCCUCUCGUUCCCAGCGUGCAGCCAGUGAGGACAUGACCAGUGAUGAGGAGCGCAUGGUCAUCUGCGAGGAGGAAGGGGACGAUGAUGUCAUUGCUGAUGAUGGCUUUGGCACCACUGACAUUGAUCUCAAGUGCAAGGAGCGGGUGACUGACAGUGAGAGUGGCGACAGCUCUGGGGAGGACCCAGAGGGCAACAAGGGCUUUGGCCGUAAGUUGUUCUCACCUGUGAUCCGCUCCUCUUUUACCCACUGCCGUCCCACGCUGGACCCCGAGCCACCAGGGCCUCCGGAUCCACCUGCAGCCUUUGGGAAAGGCUAUGGUCCCACGCCAUCCUCUUCCGCCUCACCUGCCUCCACCUCGACCUCGGUAGCCAACUCCUUCUCCCUGGGCUCUGGAAGUUUCAAGGCCCAGGAGUCUGGUCAGGGCAGCACAACAGGCCCACUACGGCCGCCUCCCCCUGGGCCCGGAGGCCCAGCCACACCUUCCAAGGCCACAAGGUUUCUACCAGCGGAUCCUGCCUCCUUCAGGCGCAAGAGACCUGAAAGUGUUGGCAGCCUGGAGCCACCAGGCCCCUCGGUCAUCGCAGUGCCUCCCAGUGGGGGAGGAACCAUUCUGCAAACACUGGUCCUGCCCCCAAACAAGGAGGACCGGGAGGGCAGCGGAGCCCGUGUGCCCUCGGCUUCAGCCCCAUCUCUGUCUUAUGGGGCCUCGGCAGCACCUCUGUCUCGCCCUGCAGCCACCAUGGUCACCAAUGUGGUCCGGCCUGUCAGCAGCACUCCGGUACCCAUCGCCUCGAAGCCUUUCCCCUCCUCUGGCCGGGCUGAGGCAUCUCCAAAUGACACAGCAGGUGCCAGGACUGAGAUGAGCACUGGCUCCCGGGUGCCCGGGGGCUCCCCGCUGGGGGUCAGCUUAGUCUAUUCAGACAAGAAGUCAGCAGCUGCCACCUCACCUGCCCCACACUUGGUGGCUGGGCCCCUGUUGGGCACUGUGGGGAAAGCCCCUGCCACUGUCACCAACCUGCUGGUGGGCACCCCUGGCUAUGGAGCCCCUGCACCCCCUGCUGUUCAGUUUAUUGCCCAGGGAGCCCCAAGCAGUGGGGCCACUACAGGCUCAGGAGCAGGUGCUGGAAGUGGCCCCAAUGGGCCAGUACCCCUGGGUAUCCUGCAGCCAGGUGCCCUGGGCAAGGCUGGGGGAAUUACCCAGGUGCAGUAUAUCCUGCCCACGCUGCCCCAGCAGCUUCAAGUGGCACCUGCUCCAGGACCAGCUCCUGGGGCCAAGGCAGCAGCUCCCACUGGCCCUGCACCCACCACCAGCAUCCGUUUCACCCUCCCACCUGGCACCUCCACCAAUGGCAAGGUCCUGGCUGCCACUGCACCCACUCCUGGCAUCCCCAUCCUGCAGUCUGUACCCUCCGCCCCACCCCCUAAAGCCCAGUCAGUUUCUCCGGUGCAAGCCCCGCCCCCAGGUGGCUCAGCCCAGCUGCUCCCAGGGAAGGUGCUGGUGCCCCUGGCGGCCCCCAGCAUGUCAGUGCGGGGUGCGGGGGCUGGCCAGCCACUGCCCCUGGUGAGCCCGCCUUUCUCAGUACCUGUGCAGAAUGGUGCCCAGCCAUCCAGCAAGAUCAUCCAGCUGACGCCUGUGCCAGUGAGCACACCUAGUGGCCUGGUGCCGCCCCUGAGUCCAGCCACGCUCCCCGGACCCACCUCUCAGCCCCAGAAGGUCUUGCUGCCUUCCUCUACCAGAAUCACCUACGUGCAGUCGGCAGGCGGGCACACUCUGCCUCUGGGGUCCAGCCCAGCAUCCAGCCAGGCCGGGACAGUCACCUCGUAUGGGCCCACGAGUUCUGUUGCACUUGGCUUCACCUCGCUGGGGCCCAGCGGCCCUGCCUUCGUGCAGCCCCUGCUCUCAGCAGGCCAAGCCCCUCUCCUGGCUCCUGGCCAGGUGGGCGUGUCGCCCGUGCCCAGUCCUCAGCUGCCUCCCGCCUGCACAGCCCCUGGAGGUCCCGUCAUAACUGCGUUUUACCCUGGCAGCCCUGCCUCCACCUCAGCACCACUGGCCCAGCCAGCCCAGGCCCCGCCAAGCCUGGUCUACACCGUGGCCACCAGCACCACCCCACCUGCUGCCACCAUUCUGCCCAAGGGCCCAUCAGCCCCUGCCACUGCCACCCCAGCCCCCACUAGCCCUUUCCCUAGUGCCACAGGUGGGUGUCCUACUGACCCCAGGCAGGGUUUCAGAGUUGGGGAUCCAGAAAGUGGGUCCCAGUCAGGCAUGGCUCAGCAAAUACCCUUCUCCCCACCAGCAGGCUCCAUGACUUACAGCUUAGUGGCCCCCAAGGCCCAGCGGCCCAGCCCGAAGGCUCCCCAGAAAGUGAAGGCAGCCAUCGCCAGCAUUCCCGUGGGCUCCUUUGAGGCGGGUGCCUCUGGGCGGUCUGGCCCUGCACCUCGGCAGCCUCUGGAGCCUGGCCCCGCCCGGGAGCCAACCGCCCCAGAGCCUGAGCUUGAAGGGCAACCCACACCACCGGCCCCUCCGCCACCCCCAGAGCCCUGGCCUCCUGGUGCCCGGAGCAGCCCCCCUCUCCCCCUCCCUGCCGAGGACCGGCCGGGCACCAAGGGCCCUGAGGCCAUGCCCAGCAAAUUCCCCAGCUCAUCUUCUGACUGGCGGGUCCCUGGGCUGAGCCUGGAGAGCCGGGAGCCCCCCACUCCUCCCAGCCCAGCCCCAGCCCCAGCUCCAGGCAGUAGCAGUGGCAGCAAUCUGGAGGGCAGCAGCGGAAGGGGGGCUGGAGACACCCCUGAGCGCAAGGAGGUGGUUGGUGCUGGCAAGAAGGUGAAGGUGCGGCCCCCACCCCUGAAGAAGACCUUCGACUCAGUGGACAACAGGGUCCUGUCCGAGGUGGACUUUGAGGAGCGCUUUGCUGAGCUUCCCGAGUUCCGGCCUGAGGAGGUGCUGCCCUCCCCUACGCUGCAGUCUCUCGCCACCUCUCCUCGAGCCAUCCUGGGCUCCUACCGCAAGAAGAGGAAGAACUCCACUGACCUGGACUCUGCACCCGAGGACCCCACCUCACCCAAGCGCAAGAUGAGGAGGCGCUCCAGCUGCAGCUCCGAGCCCAACACCCCCAAGAGUGCCAAGUGUGAGGGGGACAUCUUCACCUUUGACCGCACAGGUACCGAAGCCGAGGACGUGCUAGGGGAGCUAGAGUACGAGAAGGUUCCCUACUCGUCACUGCGCCGCACCCUGGAUCAGCGCCGUGCCCUGGUCAUGCAGCUCUUCCAGGACCAUGGCUUCUUCCCAUCAGCCCAGGCCACAGCAGCUUUUCAGGCACGCUAUGCCGACAUCUUCCCAUCCAAGGUUUGUCUGCAGUUGAAGAUCCGUGAGGUGCGCCAGAAGAUCAUGCAGGCAGCCACCCCCACAGAGCAGCCCCCCGGAGCCGAAGCCCCCCUCCCUGGACCACCUCCAGCUGGCACUGCUGCUACCCCAGCUCCCACUCCCAGCCCUGCUGGCGGCCCUGACCCCACCUCACCUGGCCCGGACUCUGGCACUGCCCAGGCCGCCCCGCCACUGCCUCCACCCCCAGAGCCAGGGCCUGGGCAGCCUGGCUGGGAGGGCACCCCCCAGCCCUCUCCCCCUCCCUCUGGCCCCUCCACAACUGCCACUGGCAGGUGAAGGGCCCUUGGGGAGAUCCUGGACAUGUAGUACCCCCUCAGGACACGGACAGUGGAGGUGACAGGAGUGAGGGGGUGGGAUGGUCGCCCUUUCCAGUCCAGUUGGGCGGCAUGAGGCCUGCUCCCCUUGUAUAUACUGCCCCUCCCCCCCCCGUUCCUCCCUGUGCUGGGGAGGCAGCUGAGGGGAGGCAGGGGCAUGGCCUCCACUGGCCCCUGUACAUAACCUGGAGUGUGUGACCUUCAGAGCUUUUCACCUGUACUUUAUGCAAAAUGGCUCAUGUGAGGGCUGCAAGCCGCAGGGCAGGGUGGGCCUCGGGCCCCAGGGAGGUGCCUGUGGAGUAGGGGGGAGUUCAUGCACCCCUUUUUCCCCCAGAGGGGCUGGACUCAGGUUAGUUUGGUGUGGGGCUCCUGUACUUUGCCACAGGCACAGGGAGGAUUCUCUCUGCCCCUCUGCCCUCCCGACUUGGGUUGUACUUUCUAAGAAGGUGAUUCCCCAUCCUUGUCCCCGUCCCCAGAACAAAACAUGUUGAUCAUGUGCAAUAUUUCUUACUGUGCCGAGAAGCCGCAAUGACCGAGAUUAAAGCUGUUUAACACA